AUGGAGUGUGACAACCAAACACUGAUGACAUUUGUCCUGUUGGGGGUCCCAUACCCUCCUGAGCUACGGGUCCCUUUGUUUUUCUUUUUUGUGUGCAUCUAUUUGCUGACCCUCCUUAGUAACCUCCUGGUCCUUUGGGCUGUCGUGUAUGAUCCACAGCUUCACAAGCCCAUGUACUGGUUCCUCUGCCACUUGUCUGUCCUGGAUAUCGCCACAUCCACAGUGGUGGUGCCCAAGUUGAUCGCUGUGUUUCUGGAAGAUGGCGGCGUCAUCUCUUUCGGGGGCUGUGUGACCCAGCUCUUCUUCUACCACUUUGUGGGAUGCUGAGAAUGUUUCCUGUACACUGUCAUGGCUUACGACCGCUUCCUGGCCAUCUGCCGCCCACUCCAUUAUGGCACCCUCAUGAACAGCAAGGCGUGCCUUUGGCUUGCUAUGGGCACCUGGGCGGGUGGCUGCUUGCACUCAGCCAUGGAGACAGCCCUCACCUUCCGUCUGCCUUAUGGGCCAGAUAAUAGAGUGAGCUACAUCUUCUGUGACAUCCCAGCUGUGCUGAAGCUUGCCUGUGCCGACACGUCGCUCAACGAGAUGGUGACCUUGGUUGACGUUGGGAUCGUCGCCAUGACUUGCUUCCUCCUUAUCCUAACGUCUUAUGUGUACAUCGUCUCCACCAUCCUGAGGAUCCAGAGUGCUGAAGGGAAGCGGCGCGCCUUCUCCACUUGCACGUCCCACGUCAUCAUUGUGAUGACCUGCUACAUCCCUCUCUCUUUUACCUACCUGAGACCUGGGGCACAGGAUCCACUGGGAGGGAUGGUGGCCGUCUUCUACACCACGGUGACCCCUUUCCUGAACCCCGUAAUAUACACUCUGAGGAACAAGGAGAUAAAAAAGGCCAUACUGAAACUAAAACCCUUCAGACCGGACUUCAGAAAACUUGUCUGGUUUUGGAGGGACAUGGGAGAAACAUUUACUGGCACUAUUCUUGGUUGUACCCUGACGUGA